GCUCUGUCCAAUGCUAUGUCCACCUACCCAGUCUUUGCUCUCCUUGAUUCAGGGUCAGCCGGGAACUUCAUUUCCGGGUCCCUUGUCCAGCGUCUCCAGCUCCAGAGGACCCGCUGCACUGCCCCCCUCGACGUCCACUCAAUAGUGGAGCCUGGUGUCGCUGUCGAUCCCCCUUUGCCGCUUCUCCUGGACGAGGGUCCUGUCUAUGCCAUCCACGACAUCCUAGACUCUCGGCGUCGCAGAGGUCGGCUGGAAUACCUGGUCGACUGGGAGGGCUACGGUCCAGAGGACCAAUCCUGGGUGCGCCGAUCUGACAUCCUGGACCCAGACCUCCUUGCUGACUUCCAUCGCACCCAUCCCGGUCGACCAGCCCCCCGCAGCCGUGGCCGACCGCGACGCCGUGUCACCUCGUCCCUGGAAGCGGCUCCUGAAGGGGGGGGUAAUGUCACGACGCCACCAGGUUCUCCAUCAGUCUCUACUCCUCGUCACUCUGCUCCAACGAUCUCCCAAUCUAAUUCCCCUGUCUACUAAUUGCCCAAUCAUCCUAUCCACUUUCCCAAUAAUCCAAUCUCCUCUCUACUACUCCCCAGCACCUGCAGCCAAUCCCCUCUACUACUCCCCAGCACCUGUAACCAAUCUCCUGCUGCCCAUUUAAACCCCUGUCACCCUGCUCUCUC